AUGCGGAUAUCACAACGGCAGCGCCAUCGGGCGCCACGACUCGAGCAGAAGUUAGGCGCAGCCAUCGGUCUCAUUGCGUCAUUCGUCCCGGCAGUAGCGCACGCGCUCGACUUCAGACCCGCCCCCGACGCCAACCUCGACUUCUCCAACCUGGGCAGGAUAGGCAUCGCCGGCGACUUUACCGGCAUCUCGCUCUACGAGUAUGAGGGGCAGACCGGAAGGCCCCCCAGCAGCAACGGGAGCGAAUCCCUCCUCGCCAUGCUGCCCAACGGCGCCCUCACCUCGAUCGUCUCGACCGAUGCCUCGAUAGAGGCAAUGUGCACCUUCAAAUCCAGCGACGGCGAUGUCAAAGGUGUCGUCAUCGGCGGAAACUUCACCAGCCUGGACGGCACGCAGUCGACCUCCAUCGCGCUGUACGAUCCGAACACGGGCAAGGUCACGCCCGUGGAUGGCCUCGAGGGCCAGGUCGACGCCCUGUACUGCGAUGAUGAGAGGGAGACGGUCUACGUUGGUGGGAACUUCAAGACUGCUGACUCGAGCAAUGCCAUCGCCUACGAUACGGAGGGCCUGAAGAAGCUGCCGUUUGCCGGCUUCAACGGCCCCGUCGAGGCCAUCACCAAGGCCGCCAAUGGCCACAUCAUCUUCGGAGGAAGCUUCACCGGUCUGGGAAACGCCAGCGCCCCCAGCGAGCCCGACGGGCAGACCGUCAACCUGUCGACGGCCAACAUCACGGCCGAGAACAGCUCCGGCGACGACGGAUUCGGCAACCCCGCCAGCCUUGUCUGCUCCAGCGAGUCCAACGGCACCACCUGGCUCGCCCAGGACGGCGUGCCUGCCGCCUGGGACGCAGACUUCGGCUUCGGCUUCCAGCCCACCAAGCUGCGCCUGCGCAACACCCACCAGGACGGCCGCGGCACCAAGACGUUCCGAUUCGUCGCCUUCCCCAUCAACGGCAUCAUGAACCUCACCUACAUCGACCCCGCCAGCGGCACCAACAAGACCUGCACCAGCGAGUGUCCCCUCAGCCACGACGCCGAUAUCCAGUACCAGGACUUCCACUUCGUCAACAAGGUCGGCAUGGAUCACUUCCGGAUCGCCAUAUCCGAAUGGUACGGCGACGGCGCCGGCCUCGACGGCGUCGAGCUCUUCCAAGACGACAUCUUCGCCUAUGCCGUCAGCGAUUUCAACGAGCCUGCGUGCCGGAGCGUCAGCAACCCGUCCUCGGCAUCCAGGACCGGUCCUUGGGAGGUGUCUCCCUCUCUCCAGAGCAGCUCUGGCUACCUGACUCUCGACCUCGGCUCCUCGGGCGCGUCCCGCUCCAGCUCUGUCGUCUUCAAGCCCAACAUCCGGGAGUCUGGAAAUUACACGGUCAACAUGUACACGCCCGGCUGCCAGCCGGACGGCACCUGCGAGAGGCGAGGCCGCGUCAACGUCACGGGAACCAUGUCGUCGGCCGACGAUGGCGACGACAGCUUCGUCGAGACGAUCUAUCAGACAAACGACUUUGACAAGUACGACCAGAUCUACUUUGGCUACAUCGAGAAGACGUCGGACGCCUUCCAGCCCAGCGUCACCCUGUCGCCCAUGGACGACGACGACGGGUCCAUCGUCGUUGCCCUGAGGGUCGGCUUCAUCCUCAUGAACUCGACGGGCGGCCUCAACGGCCUCUACGACUUCGACCCGUCCCAGUCCGAGCUCGACACGUCCAGCCUCGAGACGUCGCCCGUCAACAAGCUCGGAGCCAGCUUCGAUGACGACACCGGCGUCAAGACGCUGCUCACCUCGGACAAGGUCACGUACGUCGGCGGCAACUUCACAUCCAAGAGCCACGAGAACAUCGUGGCCAUCGACGACGACGGCAAGGUCAGCCGCCUCGACGGCGGCCUCGACGGCGAGGUGACGGGCAUGCUCCUCGUCGACGGCAAGCUGUACGUCGGCGGAGGGUUCGGCAACACCCAGACCGAGGCCGUAGACGGUAUGGACCACGUCGCCGUCUACGAUGUCGAGGGCGACUCCUGGGGUGCCCUCGGCGCCGGGGUCGACGGCCCGGUCCAGUACGUGGUGCCGCUCCAGGUCAACCUCACCGGCGGCGGACCCGAGACGGCCGUCGCCUUCACCGGAAGCUUCACGCGGAUCAAUGGCUUCGACGGCGGCGACGCCGUGCCCGUCGACGGCCUGGCCAUCUGGAUCCCCUCCGAGGAGAACUGGCUGCAGAACCUGGACGGACCGGUGCCGAGCUACAGCGGAACGCUCACGGCGACGCUCACGGACCUCGGCGACGGCGAGAUGCUCUACGCCGGGUCGGUGACGUCGGCCCAGAUGGGCGCCAACGGCGCCGCCACGCUCCACGACGACGGUCUGGGACAGUUCCCGGCCGACCUCCGGGCAGAGUCGCCCACGUCGGAGCUCGGACGUCGCGACGUCUCCAUCCGGGGAGGCAUCUCCGGCGUGGUGACUGGCCUGUUCAACAACGACGACGGCCGCAAUGUCACCAUCCUGGCCGGCCACUUCUCCGCCCGGUCCAGCAACGGCUCGGCCAUCGACAACCUGAUCAUCAUCGACGGCGAGGACGGCGACAAGGUCUACGGGCUCGGCGGCGACAUCUCGGCGGACUCGACCUUUGCCGCGCUGGACAUCGGCGGCAGCACCCUCUACGCCGGCGGAAGCGUCAGCGGCAACGGCUCCGACCUCGAGGUGGGCGGCAUCAUCGCCUACGACCUCGGCAGCCACCGGCUCGGCACGCAGCCGUCGUCCGUCUCGGGCGGCAACGCCACGGUGUCGGCCAUCAGCGUCCGUCCCGGCAGGGAGUCGGAGGUGUACGUCGGCGGAGACUUCACCAAGGCCGGCGCGCUGGACUGCCCCGGCUUCUGCCUCUACAGCGCAGACACGUCUCGGUGGGUGCGGCCGGGCAGCGGCGUGGGCGGUGACGUGCGGGCCCUCAUGUGGACGAGCAGGAAGACGCUGCUCGUGGCCGGCGACCUGGAGAGGGGCUCGGGCAGGACGUCGCUGGCGGUGUACGAGGCCGACGACGAGUCGUGGGAGGAGUUCCCGGGGGCGGACGCGCUGCCCGGCCCGGUGUACGCGGUGACGCCCGGGUCGACGGACAAUGACCAGAUCUGGGUGGCGGGCGAGUCUCGGACGGACGGGUCGCCGUUCCUGAUGAAGUACGACGGAUCCUCCUGGCACACGGCCAACCACUCGCUGGGGUCGGGCAGCGUGCUGCGCAGCCUGCAGGUGCUGACGGUGACCAAGGAUCACGGCGACAGCGCGGUGCUGGGCAGGGACCAGGUGCUCAUGCUGACAGGGUCCCUCAACCUGGCCGACUUCGGCAUGGCGUCGGCGGCCAUCUACAACGGCACGGGCCUGCAGCCGUACGCGAUGACGACGAGCUCGACGAGCAAGCCGGGCAGCAUCGCCAAGAUCUUCUCGGAGCGUAACUACUUCUUCUCGUCGACCGACGACCACAUGGCGCUCGGCUUCGUCGUCCUCAUCGGGCUGGGCAUCUCGCUGGCUCUCAUCCUGCUCAUGGUGGCGGCGGGCAUCGCCCUGGACCGCAUCCGCAAGAAGCGCGAGGGAUACAUACCGGCCCCCACUUCCAUGUAUGAUCGUGGUAGCGGUAUGAAGAGGAUCCCUCCCAACGAGCUAUUCGGAUCUCUGGCCCAAGGUCGAUCUCCCGCACCAAGGGUCUAA